AUGUCAGAAACAAUCUUUCCCGUCGCAGUUCGAUUGCAAGGCUUGUUAUGCCAAUUUUGUAUAGAUAGGUUUGGAAAUUGGACUGGACAUGAAAACGAGGUACUCCGAGCAGUCCAACAUGUCACCCUAUCCUCUGGCGGACAUAAAAAUAUGUGGGACUCUACAAUAUCAUCCAUUAAUCUAGCCGGAGAAUACGUGAGCCGGCGCUUGCACAUUCCUAUGCAAGGGAUGGUAUACGACAAAGAUUUAUACUUACAAAGACACGCAUUUAUUAAGAGAAGCGAACUGUUGAAAAUGAAGGAACAAAUACUUAAGGUCACCGAAGAUCCGGAAGAUAAGUACUUUUGCAUCCAGGAGUGUUGGAUCCCUCAGGACCCAUUGCGGGUAGCGCAACUGACAGAGACUGGAAAAGUUGUGCCUAUGAAUGCAGUGUUAUUAACAGAAGGAGACUUGGUGGACGUUGGAGCCAAAAUAGACUUUGUGAUACACAGAGAUCGGCACGCACAGACAACUCUCAAGUGUUUUCUGACCUGCACAUAUAUCAUGUGCAUAAUCUCAACAGAUGAGAUUGAAAAGAUGAAUCUUGAGACAUUGAAAAUAGAGCGAUUUUAUCUGCUCCUCACUGCGACCAAUAUCUUCCUGACAAUGACAAAAUCCAAGAUCGACGCACACACUGAGAACAAGACUGCAACUGAAGGUCGACUGAGCAAACACACAAGGCUCACGAGUACGGCAACUGAAAGCGCAGACAACAUAGGUUUAGAUGGACCUAGGACAUCGGAGAAUAUAGAAUCGAUGACAGAUGGCAGUGGAUCCAAGACGACCGUGGAUACAUCCUUCAGAGAGACGUCACAAGAAAAAACUAAAGAAGAUAGGAUUGUGGCAUCUGGAAGUUCCACGUCACCACUUAAGCAGAGCAAUAAAGGUGCACAGCCGGCUCUGACUGUCCGCUCCGUCGUACCUAAUCCUACCAAGCAGUUGAUUGAUGAAGAAGAGGUGGAUGAAUUCGAUGAUACAUUGUUGACACGCCUCCAUAAAUUAUUGGAAUAUACAAAUUCAAAGGCCAAUAUCUAUGCCCUUGGAAGAUUGCUGCCGACUGCUACCUGGGGCCAAUACAAGCCAGUCAAUGAUCAUAGCAAGGUUUUAUGUGACCCUGCGACUGGAGAUCCGAUCACUAUCUGGGUCGUCAGAUGCAUCACCAAAAUGUGGUUCAUGAAAUUCAGUAAUCCUGAGAACCAGGCCAGUUUGACUAUCAUGCCGCUGUCAAAAACACUAGCACAACAAAGUGCACAUUUAUUGGCCAAAUUUUCGAGCCCAGUGUUGAACUUCACGCAGCAAACUUCAACAAUCAUUCGAGCCAUUAAAUGGCAAAAUGCGAAGACUAGUGAUGGGACAAGUGAGCCAAUUCUAUUUGACGCUGUCUAUGACGCACGACAGGAGGGAUUGCUCAAGUCUUACAGCGAGCGACCCCUCUGGAAUCUCACGGACCUCAAACCUGGAGACCUCGUCUUGUUGGAGACUAAGAUGACGCAUUAUUCUAAGAAGCAAGAGGACAACAAAUGGCAUUCUCGUGCUCAAUACGAAAUGAUCGCAAUAUCGCUCCUCGACAUUGCUGAAGUGCCCGAAGAAACUCCUCAAGGAGCAAUGCAGAUAGACGGAUUAGCUAUCUAA